AUGGGUCUCAUCAAAACGGGCGUCAAGGGAGGCAUGGGACUGUAUGCAGUCAAGAUGCUGACCGACUCGAUGAACAACAAUCAGCAAGCCAAUCAAGCCGCGCAGCCCUACCCUGCCUAUGCUGCAGCUAGACAGGUGCCUCCACACGCUCUUUGCAGCUGUCCUUUCUGCCCUCAGAAUGCGGCACAGGCCGAAAUGUACCAACAGCAGCCUCAGUAUCAUCGGGCUCGACCAGAAAGCAGCAACAGCGAGAUGCACAAUCGAGCUGACGACUUGCCCGUCUACCAAGGCGACACAUCGAAAUCCUCGAACCUUAAACAGCGCUGGUGA